CUGAACAGGGAGGGGCCCCCAGCACUGUCCAGCGCAUAAAAGCACCCUGCUCAGGGCUCUGCUUCAGGAAGCUUCCACCAUCCUGCCUUGAGACCACACCAGCUCCCCAAAGCCAGAGAUGAUCAAGGAGGAACACGAGGUGGCCAUCAUGGGGGCACCCCAGGGCCCAGGACCCGUGGUGUCCACCGUGGUCAACAUCCAGCCUGAGACCGCCGUGCCCGACCACAUCGUCUGGUCCCUGUUCAACACGCUCUUCUUCAACUUCUGCUGCCUGGGCUUCGUGGCGUUCGCCUACUCUGUGAAGUCUAGGGACCGGAAGAUGGUGGGUGACGUGAUUGGCGCCCAGAGCUACGCGUCCACCGCCAAGUGCCUGAACAUCUGCGCCCUGCUCCUGGGCCUCCUUGGGACCAUAGGGUCCAUUGUUCUUCUGGUGCUGGUGGUGUUGCCGACAGUCAGCUAUGCAAUAACACAGGCCAUGCAGAACCACGGAGGCUACUAGUGUCUGCCUGCCGCUGCUGAACCGCGUCCUCCCAGCCACUGGCCUUGGGCCUCCUUGUCACGUUUACUGGCAUCAUCUCUGCUGUCAAAAUUUCUGUCAUUUGACUGGCUUGCUGAUGAUAUGGAAGAAAUUCUGACAUCAUGAAGACUUAGGUUUCUGGAGGCUGCCCAUAGCCUGAGGCUGUCACCUCUUCACAGCUGUUCCUACCCACGUGUGUCCCCAACUGAAGGCAACAAAGGACAUGUACCUGACUGCCGCGGUCCGGCCGCAGCGGGUCAAGGGGUCCCACUGGUGGGGGUAGGCGUCGGCGCUGGGUAACAGACGACAACACGCCUCAAAGGACAGUGAAGCUCUGUUCCGUUUAUUGCAAGUACAAGCAGGUUUUUAUAUUUUCAUUUUAGGUAGUGAUUAACAUUUGCAAUAUAACAUGAUCAUUUAAGCAGAAAAAAUCAAUACAAAGGUAAUCAGUAUAAGUAUGAAAGUUCCCAUAGAUUUAGUUAAAGAUUAUUUUAACUAGGAGAACCAUUAAUCAGACAAUUAGGAGUAUCUUAUUGUAUAUUAAAGUUUCUCAGAAUUUGGCAUAGGGCAAAAGGAUACGCUAGAUUGAGUAGAGAAAAUAGGAAAUUUAUUAUAAGGCCCUUUGAUGUCUAACUUAGCUAUCUACCCUUUUUUUGCUUAAAAUGUUUUUCUGUGUACCAUAAAUUCUGACUCCCUAGUGACUGUUUAGUUUGUAAUAACUAACUAGCUUUUGUUAUUUCUUUGCCUGUCUAGUUGAUAUAUAUUCUUAUUCAAGGUAAAGGAGGGGCUAUUCCUACGUUGCAGGGGGCUUUCAAGGGUACUUCUUUUAAGUUUCUCUAGGAGUUCUUUUAUAGACAUGUUUUGUACUUUGAUUCCCUCUAAGAAAGCAGUGAGAUCAUCUCCUGAUUUCCUAGAGUAUUCUAUCUUAUCUUGGAUGUUUUUCCAAUGAUCUGUUAUUGAUUAAGCUUGAAUUCUCA